CCUGAAUCCGCGUCCCGGCUCAGAACGGGACCGGCCUCGGGACGUACACCAUGGCUCUGGGACCGCUAGUAGUGAUACUGGCGCUGAUGGUGCUGAGAUUGACUUGGGGGGAGCCAGCCUCAGCACCCUCCCCCUGUCCCCAGGGCAGUUCUUGGAGCCCAGAUUUGGACAAGUGCAUGGAUUGUUCCUCCUGUCCAGCUCGACCCUACAGUGACUUUUGCCCUGGCUGCACCACAGCACCUCCACCCCCUUUUCCUCUGUUGUGGCCAGUCUUGGGAGGUACACUAGGAUUGAUACUCAUUUUAGGGCUUUUUUCUGGCCUUUUGGUCUGGAGACAAUGUCGACAGAAAGAGAAGUUCACUACUCCCAUUGAAGAGACAGGAGGAGAAGGAUGUCCAGGCACAGCUUUGAUCCAGUGAUGAUUUGGCCUGUUUCCAACUUUAUCUAGUUAUUGAGUGGAUCUCACCACCUUGGCAUAAAUUAUGUUCUUGGAUGAGAUUAUCCCUCCUCACACAUUCUUUGACUCUACAAUUCUUUUCCUAUACCCAGGAGGGAAGUAGGGACUCGAACCUGGGGUCUUAUCCUGGGACUGCUCACUGGCUGAAGAAUGCAACAUUUGCACAGUUGGAGGGGUUGGGGGGGGUGCUUCCCCUCCCCAACAAUCACACUGCCACCUCCCUCCCCUGGCAGCACUAGGGGCUCUGAGCCAAGAAAAUACCCCUUAAAAAUAGGAGGCCAGAUAGAACACUCAGGACCUUGAUUUGCAGUCCCCUUACAUGUGCUGGGACAAGGCAGCUGUAUCUUGUGGGGGGGACAGGGUACAGUACUCUAUCCUCCUACAGAAGGGGCUGGUCCUCUAGGGAAGCCGGCUCUAGGGUCUUCCUCCUUUGACCUGCCCACAAAGGGAGAUAUUUAUUUGG